UAAGUAAACAUAAACAUCGAUGACAUUUUGGUUAGGAAUUGCUAUAGUUAUUCCUUAAUAACAAUUCAUAAUUUAUUUAAACAAUACAUUAUAAACCAAUAGAAAUUUAUAUCGCUAAAUAAUUGUGACUUGUAGUGUAUGAAUAGUGCUUUAUAAAAUCCAAACAUCACGCACUCCUAGUAAAGAUAAAAUGAAAUAUAAUUUGAAUUAAUCCAACAGAUAACAAAAAUGAUAGUUCUAAUUGCAUCAUAUUCAUAAUAUAAAAAGUGUUUAUAUUACAUAAAUGAUUAGCCUUUAUUUAAAAUUGCUAUAAUUAUUCACUUGGAAGAACUUACAAAAGUUGUCCAAAUAAAAAAAACAAAAUGAGUUUUAAAAAAAUGAUUGGUGUUCUAAAGAUUGGUCCGAUUCAAAGAAAUUUUAAUAAAGCCUUUGGAAAAUACCUUUUAGCAACUAAUACGAUAUCAUGUGGUGUAUUGAUGCUUGGUGGAGACAUAAUUCAACAAGAAAUAGAAUAUAGGCAAGGUAAACUAAAGAAGAGAUACAACUGGUUAAGAGUAGGGCAGAUGUUUAUAGUAGGGCUGUCACAAGGUCCACUGCAUCAUUACUUUUAUGGUUGGAUGGAUAAAAUUUUACCAAGACGAAAUUUACAAUCUGUUAUUAGCAAAAUUUGUUUAGAUCAAAUUAUAAUGUCUCCAGUUUGUAUAGUAGAAUUCUUUUACUGCCUUGGAUAUCUAGAACUUAAAUCAACCAAAGAAUGUACUAAAGAAUUGAAAGAUAAAUUUAUUGAAGUGUAUACAAUGGAUUGGUGUGUUUGGCCUCCUACACAAUUUAUUAAUUUUUUGUAUGUGCCAGUUAAAUAUCAGGUUCUUUAUAUUAAUGGAGUAACAACAUUGUAUAAUGUAUUUCUUUCAUACAUUAAGCAUAGAGAAAUGGUCUCAACUGAACUUACAGCACAAAAACAUCAAUCUAGGGAAAUUUCUUCAUCUGUCUCCACAUGAAGAUUUUAAAUUGAAUUGCUAUUGCUUUGUAGUUGUUUUAAUGAAUUGUGAUAUAAUUAAUGCAGUAGUUGACAUUUUAUAUUAUUAUUUUAUUUGAUUUUAAUUAGGAUUGAUUCCUAAAUAAACGUUUAAAUGUGUUGAAA